AUGAACCCUGAAACUAUUGCAAACAUUUUACUUGUUGAUUUACAUUCUUUGGAGUCUCGACUUACAGAUGGUAGUGAUAAUAAUUUAAAUAAUCCAACUUCUGGUACUCCAAAACAAUAUUUUCAAAUGAAAUAUCCACCUGAACCUUUUUUUGGCCCAGAUGGAGAUUCAAUGAUAAAAACACCUUCUGAUAUUGUUGACACUGAUCCGACACAACCAGUACCCAAGUGUACUGAUCCAUUACCAGCUAAUACUUAUCCAAUGCCAAGAUGCAUCUCUAAUAUUAUAUCUAAUUAUCGUUUAAAUCAGUUUGAUGUUGGAAAGACAAUGAGCUAUCGAUCUAAAAGACUAACUAGUCAUUUGACUACUUUUUUUGCUCAAUUUGUUAGUUAUGAUAUUAGCAGUUCUCAAAACAAUGCACAACCAAGUCAUAAAUUGCAUAUACCAUCUGAUGAUGCAACAUAUAAUUCAUAUAAUUCAGUAACAUCAUUACCAGGUCAAUUGAGUAAUUUGAAGUCAAUUCCUUUUAAUCGAUCAGAUUUUCUUCCUGCUACUACACAAACACCAAAGCGUACUGGUUACAAUAAUGCAACUCCUUUUCUAGACUUGAGUUCUAUUUAUGGUAUUACUAAUGAAAAUGCAAAAAAUCUUCGUGAGGGUAAUAAAGGAAAAUUAAAGACUAGUGGAAAUAUAAAUGACCCUUACCCAUUUAAGGAUCCAACAACAGGAAAUUAUAUUGUUGGUGCUAGUUCUGCACGAUCAAAUAAUAUUUUUAUAAUGGCUAUUCACACUAUUUGGUUGCGUGAACAUAAUAGAUUAUGUGAUGAACUUUAUGAAAAAAAUGGUGAUGCAUGGACUGAUGAUCAAUAUUUUGAAGAGGCUAGGAAAUGGAAUAUUGCAUUUUACCAAAGAGUUGUUACAGAAGAAUAUCUUGGAGUUGUACUGGGUAAACCACUGCCACCAUAUCAAAAAUAUGAUCCAAAUCUAACUCCAGGAAUUGAUGUUUUUUUUGCAACAAUAACAUUCAGAUAUGGUCAUAAAUAUCAAGAGGUUUUUGAAAAUUUAAUUACAUUGAAAGAGGAAAAAAUGAUUUGGAGAUGUUCCAAAGUAUCUAAUUCUUGGAUAAGUAAAUAUUUAUUAAAGCAGAAGCAAUUUCCACCACAAAUUGCAGUUGCUGUUCAAAAAACUUACAACAAUGGUAAAAAAUUUCUUAGGAAACAUGUUUAUUGCAGUGGUUUUAGAGUAAAAAAUCAAAAAACUUCAUUCUAUUUUGAUAUCUGCAGAAUGGAUCUGUUAAGUCAAAAAAACACCAUUACUAUUAGACAAUCCGGAGAUAUCAGAAAAGAAGCAUUAAAAGAUAUUAGGCCAUACAUAAGAUUUACUGGAAACAGGCAAAAUGUUCCUUCAGCGAGUGCUUUUAGAACUAUAAAGUCUGAAUCUAAUCCAUUAAAAGACCAUAAUUUGCUUGAAAAAAUGCAUGUCACAAUUAUGGAAGUAAAUCAAGCAGAGAAAGAUGAUUAUGUUAAAAAAAAUGGAAUGGAUUCAUUAAACAAAAGAAAAUUAUUAGGAUAUAUUCAGGAUCCAGUCCAGACAGAACCAUUGUCAAUAGUGUUUUAUAAUAAAGCAUCUCUUAAAUACUAUCAUCUUUAUGCUUCAAGAAACCCUGGUAUUUUCAUUGAUUAUACAGGACAGCUCAUCAAGCCUGUACCUCCAUAUUUAUGUGCCAAAUAUCAAGACAAUCAAAAUGAUUAUAAAAAAAUACUAAAUGCACUUAUAACAAUGCCAUCAGGAAGUGGACCCAAUGCACCACCAAUAGAUAUUUUAGAAUUAGUUGCCAAUGAUCUUACUGCAAGCAAUUUGUGA